GGGCCCUAUAAAUGUACGUACUUUCACCAUAUGCCUCAUCAGCAAAUGAGAGCAAGAACCAAUUUGAAGAGCAGGAUGCAGCUGGAAACAAAGCAGAACUCGACUACAGAGAACAGAUCCAGCUGAGCAUACUGUAUAGAGAAUGACGACGCAUCGAUCUCUGAUGGAAUUUCCAGUGAAGCUGCUGUGUGUCAUAUUUUUAACAGCGAUUUGUUUACCUUCGGUCCUGGGAGCUCGUUCGCUUCUUCCAACGCUGCCGCCUCUUCCUACUCAAUCCACUCAUCUUCCAACGCUGCCGCCUCUCCCAUUUCUCCCCACUAAUCUUCCAACCCAUCCACCUCUUCCUGCCCAUCUUCCAACUCUGCCUCCUCUUCCUGCUCAUCUUCCAACCCUUCCUCCUCUUUCCAGUGUUCUUUCUCAUCUCCCAAAGCUUCCUCCGUUUCCCCAUCUCCCUUCCCAUGGUUCAGCGCCAUCUCCUCUUCAUUCUAUAUCCUCUUCUCCUACUCCUGAAGCUUCCGAAACUUCUCUUUCUCCUCAUUCAGUUCCUUCAUCUUAGUCUGCCUCGAGCUUUCGCCGUGGUACUCUCGCGAGGGUCAGACAACAUGGGGAUGUUGGGACAUUUGCUCAUCUCUGAGCAAAUGUCAACAGAUGAUACUCGCUGUCUUCUGGUUUUUCAGGAACAAAAAUCAAGCGGACAAGAUUUGGUCGGACUGCUCCCUUCAAAAGAGCAAGUGUGAGCCGUCUCCGACAAUCGACGUUUCUCCGAAGGGACUUUAGGACGACAACAGCAUAAAAUUUGGGGAUUAUUUUUACUGUUCUGAUAUAUCCCUUCUACAAUAUGUGGUCUAAUUUUCAUACUGGUCGCUCAAGGCAUCGAGCAUGCAGUGUGUUCGAAGCAUGCUGUACAUCGUGCCAACACUCGUGUAUCAGGAUGUAGAUUCAGCGCUUACUCUGCGUGUCUGGACCUGAUCAGAGGCAAAGUUCAGUUAGUUUCAAACCAAGACUGCAACAUCACGUGCCUGCAUCAUAUAAUAAAUGUAAGGAUACAAUAAAUCAUGUGUUUGCUGGAGAAGAUUAUGAUCUGAACGA